AUGUCCGCCGAGAAACGGCCCGCUGAAGGAGAACCGGGCGCGUCCCAAGUCUUGGUGAAGCGUCAAAAUGUCAGCAACUCAGAGGGUGCACUGGCUCGCCUCAACGCCUCCAGCAGUGCGCUGGUGCAGACUGCCCCAAGAACGAGUGCGCUGCAGGCGCCCGUAAUGCAACUGACAGGCCACUCUGGUGAAGUAUUCACAGCCAAAUUUGACCCGACAGGAAACCUCAUCGCCUCUGGCUCAAUGGAUAGAAGUAUAAUGCUGUGGCGAACAUAUGGCGAUUGCGAGAACUACGGCGUGCUAAACGGGCACAAAAGCGCCGUCAUGGAUUUGCAGUGGUCGCGCGACUCCGAGAUCCUAUAUUCUGCAUCUGCCGAUAUGCACCUUGCGAGCUGGGACUUGACCUCGGGCACGAGAAUUCGAAGAUAUAUUGGUCACGAAGAAGUUGUGAACUCACUGGACAUUACACGACGAGGCGAGGAAAUGCUUAUCAGCGGCAGCGACGACGGAACGAUUGGGCUUUGGGACCCGCGGACGAAGCAUGCCGCCGACUAUAUCCAGACUGAUUUCCCGGUCACAGCGGUCGCCAUCUCACCUGCCGGCAACGAAAUCUAUACGGGAGGUAUCGAUAACGAUAUUCGUGUAUGGGAUCUGCGUAAGAAAUCUGUUGUGUACAGCAUGGCUGGCCACUCGGACACCGUUACAUCGUUGAAGGUGUCGCCUGAUACACAAUCUCUGCUGUCAUAUGCCAUGGACUCUACUGUCAGGACGUGGGAUAUCAGGCCAUUCGCACCUACGGAGCGCCAAAUUCGCACAUUCGACGGCGCGACGUCGGGAUCAGAAAAGAACCUGCUGGGAUCCAGCUGGGACGCUGAGGGCAAGAAGAUCGCAGCCGCCUCAGGAGACGGUACAGUUCUGGUGUGGUCUAGUGAGAACGGCAAGCUACUAUAUAAGCUCCCUGGCCACCGCGGUACGGUCAACAGUGCGGAGUUCUCGCCAAACAAGGAGCCAAUCUUGCUCUCCGCAUCAUCGGAUCGUACCAUGCUGCUCGGCGAGCUUAAAUGA